CUCCCGUUUUUCGCGGCUCCCAAUUCGGUGCACGGUUUUCGCGCGCGUGUCGCACCGGACGUCGGGCUCGUCGCAAGUUCCGCAUCCCGGACUUCGCGGAACUCGGCCCGUCGCGACCUCGACAAUGCGCCGCCAGCGGGACGCGAGGUUAUGACGCUGCGCUCGAGGAUGAUGCACCUCGUGGCGCCUGUUCGUUUCUGGAUUAUCUCGUCAGCGGCGGACGACGUCCUCCACCGGUCUUGCGAAAGGAAGCACGCGGAAGAGGGAGGAAUGAGGAGAUUCACCCGGUGACCUCGUGCCGCGCGCGGUAAUGCUACUGGCAAACGGUGCCUCCAUACCGACCAUCGCCGGCGCUGUCGAGGAGGAGGAGGAAUAUGCACGCAGCGAGGCGAACAGCGUGCAUUACGAUGGAUACGUCACUGAUCAUACCGAUCUGGCCUCGGAGGUCGAUAUCGACGAGUCCGAGUACAGGCGGGAGUUGCUUAAUGACAAAUGGCGAAUGCUCUUCGACAAGUUUGAUCCGGAGGGUUUUGGAGAGAUACCGCUGGAGGACUUUCUGACAGCCUUGAGAAGCCCCGAAUGGAAGGCGGAGAUACCGACGAACAAACGUGACAUACUUCUAACCAGGGCGAAAGAGUCGCGUGUUGAGGCAGUGACUUUCCAGGACUUCGUCAAUGUGAUGAGCGGAAAACGGACCAGAAGUUUUAAGUGCGCUGUGCACCAUCGGGACCGUGAGAUCUGUUCCGAGAACGAUUUUCACCUGCUCGUGCAUGAGCCACCUCUGUUUCGCAGGAUGGUCCGCAUGAUCGGCGAUGAAUUCCUCACGGAGGAGCGGGACCGAAAAUACUACGCCGAUCACUACACAUGCUGCCCACCACCUCUCUUCAUCAUCCUCAUCACCCUCGUGGAGCUUGGUUUCUUCACGUACUACACAGUGGCGAUGGGUGAGGUAAAUCCCUCCGGGCCGGUGCCGAUCGACAGUGUCUUCAUUUACAGACCGGACAAGCGGCUCGAACUCUGGAGGUUCGCCUUCUACAUGUUUCUACAUGCUGGGUGGCUUCACCUGCUGUUUAACCUGGGGGUACAGGUGGUCGUGGGACUUCCCUUGGAAAUGGUUCACGGAAGCCUGAGGAUCGCCGCGGUUUACAUGGCCGGGGUUCUUGCCGGUUCGCUGGGCACGUCGGUAUUUGACACGGACGUGUAUCUCGUCGGAGCGAGCGGGGGCGUUUACGCCCUUCUGGCGGCGCAUCUAGCCAACGUCCUUCUGAACUACAACAAUAUGGAGUUCGGGAUAGUUCGGCUCAUCGGCAUCUUCGUCAUCGCCAGCGCCGAUGUGGGCUUUGCGAUCUACGACAGAUACGCCGCGGAGCAGAUGGGCCCUCCAGUGUCGUACGUCGCCCACCUGACGGGCGCCCUGGCGGGCCUAACGAUCGGCCUAUUGGUACUGAAGAACUUCGAGCAGCGACUGCACGAGCAGUUGCUCUGGUGGGUUGCCUUGGGUGUUUACGCCGCCUGCACGAUCUUUGCGAUCAUGUACAAUCUGAUGCACCCCGACUAUCCAUGACGCGAGGUCAGCUUCGCGUACGGCCAGCCGAGGCACACGUAACGCGAAGCUGAUCGCCCUUGGAAGAAAAAGAAGAAAAGGAAGAAACGAAGGAAAGGACGGGAGAGAUCGUCGUCGAGCAAUGUCGAGGGAGAUUUUCAAGUAUCGCGGACUCUCAAUAACACGCCAGACUGUGAGCUAAAUCGUUCCCAAGGCACCGAAGGACACAUGAGGAACGAGAGUUACGCGACGGGGUCGUCGGCAGUCAUUCUCCUCGAAAAACGUGACUUUGGUCACCUUCCACGCGAAAAGGAUCGCGUAAUAGUUUCGUAGUAUAUAUAUAUAUAUUUUCUUCCAAGCCGGCCUGUUCGCGCGCGACAGUCGAGAGAAGCGACAGAGCGCUUGUCGAGAAGAAGCGAGAAACGAGCGAGGAAAUAUAAUCUAUUAGUAUUGAUUAAAAAUUCUAACAAGUGAAAAAAUUUCAAGCGAUCGACAAAAGCAGACGUGAUGUCUUUCCGGAAGGAGAAAGGGAGACGGCGCAGGAAGAAGAGAAUUGAGGGAAUGUCCCCACGCUCAUUACGUUUCGUCUUUCCCGCUCGAUAAAACGGUAGUCCGCGUUCGUAAUCCCUGCAAUCCCGCGAAAGUUUCUUAAACGCAACGUCGGGACUACUUCAUCACGGAGGAAUGCGGGCGAUUUUGUGAGCGGUGUAAUCAUAAAAAAAAAACGACUGGUGUUCCCAAACAAAACAACUCGUGUUCUCCUGCCAUCAGCGGGACAAGGAAACGUCAUUGUUGUAAGAUGGACAUUCUUGGCCACUUGGGAUAAAAUGUCUUCGCGUGUCGUUCUCGAAAACGACGGAGCAGCGCACGGGAAAGUUACGGGUAAUAUUUUUAUUCGUCAGUUUCUGGGAAAGAGGAAAAGUCACGUGAGACUAGUCGAUCCAAUCCCGUCGUCGCGCACUCUUCCGCAUUUUGAAGAAAAACCAAAGAAUCGAGCUGGAUCACAACGAAGUCGGCCGGCCAUUCAGAAAAGGGAAAAAUCCUCAGGAAGGAGGCAGUUUCUAUCCAAACUCGAACAAGAGGUAUUCUCUCUCAUUCGUAUUUAUUUCUGUGUAAUGCUGGCCGCAGUCGUCCUCCGGAAAAACCAAAGAAUCAUACUCGACUGUGUGUGUGGACAACGCUCGUUGUCCUUUGUCACGUUGCUGAAGAAAUUUCUUUGCUCGGUGACGAGAAGUAGAAAAAAAAAGGAGAUGAUGAUAGGAAGAGAGAGAAAGAAAUUGGACAACAGCGAAGUAAAGCAACAGAAGAGGUAAAGAGGAAACGGGUGGACUUAAUGGAUCCUUCGCGGUCGAUGAAACAUUGUACAAAUGACCGCGACGGAGAGGUACGAAGAUGAUGAAACAAAAACCGCGGUCGAGAAAAUUGGUAACCAUCGACGUUCCUCUCGAAACCCUCUCGAAACAUUCGACUCGCGAGGCGAAUUUGUGGACGUGGACGGAAACGUAGAAGAGCAGAACGCGUCGAGUGUUGAUGAUGAAGAGCUCGUGCCGAUGGAAGACUUUUUUUUUUUAUUGCGAUGAGUGAUUAGUCGCGAAAAAAUUUCACAGAGGAGAGACAGAUUAUACUAAUUGAUCGCUAAUUCGAUGAUAGCAUGAAGAAUACUGCUAAAUAAAUUGCGCAAAUAAUUGCAAAGUAUUCAUAGAAAACAAUGUAAGUAUCAUUUAUGAAACAUAUGUAAUAAUUUUUUUUUAUCACAUUGUUUUUAUUAUAUUUGUUAGAAAGUCUAUUUGUAUGAUGAAGACGUUCGAGUUGCCACGAAGCUAUUAUUCUGAAUCAAUUAGAAUUUAUUUCGUAUUUCUCAAAUUUUUGUAAUCGUAUAAUUUUGACGUUACAAUUGUUUUCUAUAGAUGCUUCACAAACGUGCACAAUUCGUCGAGUUUAUGUACUAUUUCGUAUAAUAUAUGUGAAUUCGCGAAGAACCCGUCAACUAACACAAAGAUCGCGACAAAGAUUUGCUGAUAUUCGGACAUAUAUCAUCGCGUAUAGGUAGAUUGAUCACCAUAGGAAUGCAAAUUCACCGAGUCAUAAAAGAAUUCAUCCAAAUAGCCGUUGCAUUUUUCCCGCGUUAUCACGUUGUAAAGUCUCCAGAAACGCGACAUGACGAAUGUCACGCGAAAAAAAAAAAACAUUUUCAACUUCGCGCUCGCGAGAAUCAAAAACCGCCUACGAAUGCAAUGCCGUCGAAAUGCGUACUGUAUCAUUGUAAAGAAAUACUAUUUAAUAUUACAGAAAGAUAAUAUUUCGAGAUAAGCAUUGCACUAUCAAUUGUGUACAUAAAUCAAGCUCCAUUUCGACGCGCAUUGCUACUCGCGCGCUCGUGAUUUUCGCAAGUGCUCUCCGCGAGCUUUCCGCAUGAUGGAUGUAAUAAUGCGCAAUGCAACGGCGAUCAAGCCUAUGACAAAACAACACCCGGCCGAUCUGUCGGUCGGUUUUCAGUCGCUAGUCCGCGCUCUCGAUAGCGACCGCUCGUUAACGUCCUCGCAAAAUCCCCCUGACGGCGCAUCUGCCUGCGCGUGCGAUCAUUAACGCGCAUUAAUUGUACACCAUUGUAAAUAUCUUGUAUAUAGUAUAGAGACUCUGUGUGUGUUUUGCGUGUGUGUGGAGCGUAUUCACGCAAGUUAAAGGGGAGGAGGCGCGAGACAGAGCAAAGAAGAGAAAAUAAGAAGUGGAAGAAGAGAAUUCGAGUCGGGUCACAGUCUAGUCGUUUCGCGUCGUUGUCGUAAGUAUGUAUACAUAUACAUAUAUACAUAUUGUAUUUAAAUUGAUGAGAGAAAGAGAGAGAAAGAGCUGCACAUUCUCGGGAGAGCACACGCUUAGUGUACAUAGUCACACGCGAGACAUAUGUUCCUCACCUUUAAUUUAUCAUCGUGUCAUCGAAAUCAGAUCGUGCGAUUGCCGCCCGCGUGACGUGCGACCUAAACGAUAACUGUACCGACGAUGGCCGAUACCCCCCAUAGAUACAUUUAGCGUUUAUUCGCGGCCACUCGACAAGCCGGGUAUUUUCAUCACGCGUUUAAUCGUAAACAUGAUUGUUUGAUUUCCAUCUUAGAGAGGAUAUUUAUUUGGCCUACUAUCUUCGCUGCAUUAAGCAAUUACGAAUUAAGUUAAUCAGCUAUCAAUUGAGUUCACGAUUACACGAUCGCAUUCGAGCCCUUUUGAGACACAACGAUAAUGAUAUAAAUUAGUAAAAAAAAAAACACAUUUUUUCAUAAUUUCUCCAUAUCAUAUAAGAAGACAGAAUUUAAUUUAUUUAUAGAGUCAUAAGAAAGUGAUAUGUUAAAAUAGCUGAGGUUUUACAGAAGAGUUUGUCCUUGUUCCCCUCAGAAUAUGGAAAGUCUAACUUUGCCUGACGGCUCAUUUAACGUUGAAUGCGCGGUGACUGAUAAAGUCCAAAAUUGGAAGCUAAACGCGGCGCUGAACAAAGUUCGAAUACUGCGAGCCAAAGUCUGUACAGUAGUUUGGAUAGUGUCGCGGUAUGUGUCUCUCUAGUAUUUAGUUGUAUAGGUUGUUCGUUUGUCGAGGUAGCCCGACGCACUGCCUAUUUUGUAAUACGACUUAGCGCCACCGUGCGCGCCUUUCGUUUCCUCAAAGUCCGCCGUUUAACACGCGACUCGUGUGUUAAAUAAAUUCCGUUGAAUGUUAAUGUGCCCACAUUUUUCUACACUUCUCGCGCAAUACCGCAAGGGAAGAAAUCGCGUUUUAUUUCGCGUAUGUGUUCUUGUGUAACGAUUAAUUAGCGAUUAUACUAUUAUAUUCCUAGCGCGCAAAUCUGUAUUCCGCGAAAUCCUAUUAUUUAUUUUUCGUAAAAAGAGGAAUCCAGCUGUGUUGUCCACGAAUCCCACGUGCACAGUUCUUCCCGAUACUUUUUGGGUCUUUUUCUCGGGAAAUCCCACGCGAGUGUCACGGGAUGAAAUGUGAAAUCGUCAAUUAGUCGAAACGACUAAAAAUUAUUUUCCCAUAUUUACGCGAUUUAAGGUAGCGCGUUUAACGUUCGAGGGGAAAAAAAAUCGAAAUACUACCCGGUAGGUUCCUCCUUGUUUCAGUGGGGAUCAAACUAUAAUGUAUUUAUUAUUUACGUUGCAUUGGUUUAUAUAGUGUAAUAACGCUAAUAUACGAUACCAAAUAAUACAUAAGAUUUAGUAUGAAACAGUAAUAUAUUAUAUUAUUUUUAUUAAUAUUAUUGUUAAUACUAUUGCUAUCGCAUCUUUCGUGGCACCAAGGAAAAGUAAUUUUUCGUGCUGGCGUGUGGUAUGGCCUUCGAUGGCCGUAAGGUGGAGUGGCCCUCGAAGAGAAGCACCGAAGGAGCACCGGAGAGGACGCGAAUCGAGCGCGAGCGAGAGAUCAAACGAGAGUAAUUAACGAUGCUAGUCAAUUAGUACCCGCGAAGGCAGCUAACGCCAGGUCCUAGCUUAAGGUACGACGGCUAUGUAACUCGCUUUAAGAUGGUGAAAGAAGGUCGAGAUACUGAUGACGCUGAGAAAGAAGGGUGACAUAUAAAGAAGAGAGAGAAAAGGAGGAGGUCGAGGGGUUUAAGGAGGUUUAAGGAUUCGAGAACACUGAGAAGGCGAGAAGAGGACGCUGAAGAGCGCCCAAAAGGUGGUUGCUCAAAGAGUCGAGGAGACGAAGGCCGUUGGCUGGCUGGCUGGCUAGCUAUGUCAGUCGACAAGUAUGUACUUGGCAGAAGAAUGCAAAAGGGGAGCAAAAGUGACGUUCCUAACAGCGGGCGACCGUAUCGUGCACGUGCACGGCUCUAGAUGCUUCAAUUAUCGAAAGUACGUAGCACAUACCGCAAGUAUUUCCAAUCGCCGGCGCGAAAAAAAUGUAUACUAUUUAUUAUAGCGCAAAAACCGAGAUUAUCUUUUGUAAAUUCUACUCGUACAAUUUGAUCGCGCACAACGGAUCUACAUAAUAAAUAAUAAAAAAGGACUGAAAUAAAUUUGGAAUUAAAUGCAUUAAUACGCAGAGAGAGAGAUAACUUAUCUAAUUAACUCAUCGAAUAAAUCACGUGAAGCAAAUUAAGGUUUUUAUCUUUUUUGUGCGCAUAUUUGCCGUUAUUAAGUCAAUAAACGUUGCUUCUGUUGUUCCGCUCGUAAAUAAAUAUAAAUUAUUAAGCGCACAGGGCAAAAUUAUUAAGUUUAUAUCGAUAAAUCGAACGUGAUUUUCGUUAUGUAUAUGUACAGCCUUGUUAAAUAUUUAAUUCGAUUUGCUCCAUAAAUGCGGCAACGAUUUCAGUUCUUUUGAAGUGGUCCAUACCUUUCAUAACGCUCGAUCGAUCCGAACUUCCAUUAAUUACCCAUCGUUGUUAACGAUAAUUUAUGCAUCGAUGAAAUACAACCCCGGCCAAAAAGAGCCGCUUUCCCCAGGAAAAUCGAACAGGUGUCGAUCCGCCGGCUAUUAACAUCCAACGGGGAAACAUAUAAUUUAGAGACUUCAUACAACAUUUAUGGCGUAUGAUUUCCAUUUUAUUAAUCCACCGUCAGGUUAAAUGACGAUGCCAAAGAGCACGCGCGACGCAUAAUUAUUUACACACGCACGUAUAACUCGAACGUGGGAAUGAAUUAUACGUCGUCCGAAAUCCCUCGCGUAAAUGACCCGCAUAAUACGUACCUAAAUACCUCGAGAUGAUACUUUCGUCAAUUGUACGACGGUGUGGACUUGAAACCGCGUGAAGAAAAAACCGCGUGCGUACAAAUGAUCCUGAUUCAUACAGAAACUGCUAUUACAUCGAUACUAUAAUAUUUCGUUGCCGACGAAAGAGGAUUUGUCUUGGUAAUUUUUUUUCAACAUCCGAGCGAUGUUGUACCUUGCUCUUUUCAUGAGAAAACGCUCUCAUCGUGAGCGAGCCUCAACGAACAAGCAUCAAAGUCACUUCGAAAUCGGAUUUUCUUAUCAGUACACAUCUGUCACCCUUCCGAAAGCGUCAUCGGAUUUCCGGUUCGGAUUGUCCAGUGACCCCGAAAGAAAUGAGAAAAACAACACCGGGAAACCAGCGUCUCACUUGAAGCUAUCUGGACUUUAAUUUACGCUCUGGCACUCGAUCCGCGCCCGAAAGCUCCAGCUUAGGUCACUGUAUUUUCUUUUCUUUUUUUUUUGUUUUUUUUUUUUUUCGUUUUAUAAAAGGGUGGCGCGCAUCCCGCCCAAGUGUAAGAAUUGCGUGCGCGUGUGCGUCCAUAUGUGUUAAUAUUUAAAUAAAAUGUGCGCGAAUAUUAUGUUUGUUCGCAACGAUCGAGGAUCGUGAAGUCUACGUUGGAGCGCAAUUAAACUCAUUAGCUUAAUUUCGUAUCAUAUGUAUCGUAAUUGUUCCUACUUUAGUUUAUUUCUCUGUAACUCUGUGAUGUGUAUUUAAAUGAAUAUAUUACCGGCGCUAAAUUACGAUACGUUGCUGCCGAUUCUUUUAUAUUUAUACGUAUAAAUGUUCAUCCUUCUCAAAGGCCAUCCGGAGAGAAAAAUUUCAUAAAGCACAUUUCUCUAUACCUCGGCAAUUCGUUUGAUGCGAAACUAAUCCGUAGGCAAAUUUUCUCUUUGCCAGCCGCUCUUUUACAGUAUAGUUUCGUUAAAAAAGAAAUAAUAAGUCAAUGAGUCAAGUAUGUUAAGCUCAUCCUUGAUAUUUGAAGCGAGGAUUUGAAGCUCGUGUAUCUGUUAUGUAUCGAUAUACGUCAAUCGAAACGAUCGCAUAAUAAUUUAACAAAUAAUUUAUUAUUGUAUUGUAUAUAAUAUAGUUGUUAUUAUUAUUUAAUUAACGUGAAAGAAAGCGUGAGUUAUGUACAAAGUACCGAGAGUGCGCCAAGAACCGAGAUAUUUUGUCGGAUUUUAUUGUUAUAUUUCGUUUUUUCGCGCCGAUAUCGAAUAGCUAAAGCGAUACAUAACGGGUCCAGCGGAAAGCGGCGCGUGCGUUUUAUCCCGUACCGUCUUUAUUUUUUUUUUUUUAAGUCCACUGACUAUGCGAUCUUCGAUCGAGUGAUUAAGCGAUCCGUUAAUUUUUAUAUUGUGCGUGUCACACACUGUCAUUAAGUAUUAUUUAUUGGUGAAAGUGGAGGGCGCCCGUACGCACUUGUUCGCGCGCGGAGAAACUUCCCAGUCUGUCUGUUCGUCAUUUCGUUUUAUUUUUAAUUAGCUCGCUUAAUACAGCAAAGGCGCGCCGCCGCAUCACAGACGCACCUGCGACCCCGGCAACACCUGCGACGGUCUCGACAAUUUCGGCGAGACCGGCGUUCGCUUGGGAUAUUUUCUGAAAUUUCAUCAUUAACCCGCAACCGUAUUAUUAGCACUAAACUUACAUUAAUUUUGCGAACGCGUGCAAAAUAUUAAAUGCCGUACGAAUCUUCCUAAUUAGUUCUAUGCAAUGUAGAGCAAUCACUACGAACGGAAAAUAUAGUUGAUACCGUUCAACAAAGACCUUACGUUUAUAAAUAAGUUACCAUUGGUUUAUUAACUUUUUGUAUGCGACUUUAUGUAAUAAAUGAAAGAUAUGACCGCUGUAAUCGAUUGUAAAGUUACCCGAGUAAAAAAAUGCGAGUAAAUUUAAAAUGAGUGAAUUAAUCAAAGCAAUUGUCAGAAGCUUGCGUUCGAAUACGACGAAUACGAUUAAAUGUAAAACUGCGAACGAUUUUAUGUAUAAAUAUGUUCGAGCAAGUAGUGGUCGCGCGAUUUCUGUUCUGCAAUGAAACUCCAUGAUGUCCGAUCACGAGCAAUAAAGGUCCAAAGACGCGCAAGACGGACUGCAUGAAUACACAACUGAUUUAUUAAUAAAAUAGUAACGUUAAUAAUUUAUGUUAUUGUACGAAACAGUCACAACUGUACACAAGCCAAAGAGGUGGAACUAGUAAAGGAGAGACAGAGAGACAGACAGAAAAAGAACAUUAUAUGUAUGCGUGCGUGUAUGUAUGCGAGAGGAAGAAAAAAAUUUCAGGCGUUUAAUAUUAAUUAUCUUCAUCGGACGUCAUUUGUCAUUAUUCAUCAAAGCAUCGCCAUUGUCAUUCUUCAUCAUUUAUCAUUGUCGAUGAAUUAAUUAUUAUUCUUAUAAUUAUUCUCAUCAUUAUUGUGUAUCAUUAUAUAUAUUCAUAUAUAUAUAUAUAUACAUAUUGUACAAAACGUGAUAACUACGAAUCCUCGCUUAGAUAAUUCGCAUAGUAAUUUUCUGUACACACAUUCGCCGCGGCAGAGGAAAAAUACAAUGAUAUUUAAAAGAUUC